AUGGAAGGCGUCGGAGUGCUCGAACAAGGCGACGCGGUGCGAGUAUCCGGCGGUGGAGGUCAGCAGCUCAGCUCCGAUACCGGGGCAGAGGUCAUCGUCUGGGGAAAUGCACGCCACCGUUUUCUCAGGGAUGACAUGAAGCCCUUCUCGUACGACGCUUCACCGUCUCGAAUUGCCUUCGGCCAAGGGAUGAUCGAUACGAUCGCCGUAGAGAAGUGCGGCGGCUCGGCCGUAGCCGAG